UUAGUGACUUAGCAUAGCAAAAAUCUUUUUUUUUUUCUUGCUGCAAAUAUGCCCACAAUCACGUGGAUGAUGAGAAAAAAUUAAGGAAAGUAGUCCUUUCAUGAAAAAAUGGCAAAAAACUAAAUGUAAUGAAUAAAUGCGUGCUAGUUGAAAAGGAGACUUGGCAAAAGGCUUGUGAUAAAAAAAUGGGCUAUAAACAAAAACUUAAAAAAUUUAUAAAACAUAACAGACCUUUAAAGCUCAAAGCAUUUAUAGCAUCUCACAAUAUCUGUUUAAAUGAUAUUGACUUUGGCCAUGGGAAAAAUGUUCUACAUUAUUGUUCCAAAAAAGGAUCACCAGAUAUAAUGAGGUGUUUACUGAGACUGGACUGUGAUGCAACUUUACAAGACCGAGAUGGGAACCUCCCACUUCAUACAGCUUUAUUGAGAGGACUAAAAGAAGAGGCUUUUCAAGCUAGAGAAACACUGCUGGAGUUAGUGCCACCUCUUUUAGACAGCUACCCUCUUGGACAGGAUGUGGAAAACAGGGUGGGCGUCACAGGUUAUGAUUUGUUAAGACAGCUCAAGAAGAAAAUUAAAGCUGCGUUUUCUAGGUCACAACAGGAAGAGAGUUAUGAGGAAAAAAGAAAGCAAGAAGAAGAGGAAGAAAUGUGGAAGGAAAAGUUGAAUAAAGAGGCUGAAUUUGAAUUUGAAGAGCAGCAUUCCCGUUAUGACUUUGAUUAUGAUUACACACAAGAAAAGUCAACAGAAACAUUCGAUGACUGGACAGAGAGAAUAAGACAUGAAUAUUAUUCAAAGCAAAAAAGUCAGCAUCAUACGUUUACUAAAAGCAAGCGCAAAUAUGACCCAGAGGAAACCAGCCGUAAAAAACCUCGACUAGACGAAGAUGAAAAGUUAAAAAAUGCUCGGGAAGAAAUGAGAAAAAAUUUCAAACCACCCCCUGUUGAAAACAAAACAAGCAGGUUUUUGUUAAAGAAAAAUAAAUAUGAGGCCAAAUUUGCUCAUGUUAUCAACCAUUUAGCUGGGAAAAAGGCAUUGACUUUUGGGUGUAUACCCUGGCCAUGUCUAGAGCUAGACUCCGUAGCUGAUGUUCUGUUUUGUGAUAUUCCUGACAAAAGUGGAACUGUCUAUCGCAAGUAUUUACGAACACAGCAGGUUCGUUGGCACCCUGAUAAAUUUACUCAAAAGUUUAGAGACCAUCUGCAUCCUGAUCAUGUGACCAAGAUUAUGUCCAGGGUCAAGGCUAUUUCACAGAUUCUCAACCAACUCAGUGCUGACAAAUAGAUUUGCUACUGCUAUCAAAUGCUUGUUAUUUGCAUAAAUAAACAUGAUUUUUUGUGUGUGAA